AUGUCAGGCGCACCGUACAUACCUCAAGACGUUGAUCACGUCUCUCGCAUGCUCAGUGCCUUAGAAUUGGCGAGGAAAGAGAAGCGACGCGGCGGUUUAGCCAUCAAGAAGACCAGCUUUCAGGUCAAAGGCUCAUCAAAUGGGCUGAAAAUUGAUUCUUGGAAACUGCAGGACUGGGACUAUAAGCGACCAGACCUUCCUACUUACGCCCGCGGCCUCUUCACCACUCCGAAAGCAACCAGGCAGCAGCCCGAGAUAGCAGUCCGAGGCUAUGAUAAGUUUUUCAAUGUAAACGAAGUGCCAGAGACGAAAUGGGAAAGCAUUACGGCGAAUACCCUUCCGCCAUAUGAAUUGACUCUCAAGGAGAAUGGAUGCAUUAUUUUUGUAUCCGGGCUUGAGGACGAUACUCUCCUGGUCUGCAGCAAGCAUUCGACUGGUGACCGAGAUGACAUUCAAGUUAGCCAUGCCAGUGCGGGCGAGCGACGAAUAGAGACUCAACUGGAAGCUAUUGGCAAAACCAAGGCAGAUUUAGCAAGAGAGCUUCGGAACCGUAACGUUACCGCUGUGGCCGAGCUCUGCGAUGAUUCGUUUGAAGAACACGUCUUGGCAUACAAUUCCGACGAGGCCGGCCUGUAUCUCCACGGAAUGAACCUAAAUCUGCCCGAGUUCGUUACCUACCCAAGCUCCAUCGUCCAAGAUUUUGCCAACCAGUGGGGAUUCAUCAAAACAGGACUGACAGUAAUGGAGGAUAUCCAGGAAGUGAAGAAAUUUUUAGAGGAAGUUGCCCAGACAGGAUCCCAUGGAGGCAGAGAGGUUGAAGGAUUUGUCAUUCGGUGCAAAAAGAGCGAAAACCCAGCCACAAUGCCCUAUCACGAUUGGUUCUUCAAGUACAAGUUUGAGGAGCCAUAUUUAAUGUACCGGCAAUGGAGGGAAUGCACCAAGGCACUCAUUGCAGGCAAAACACCCAAGUUCAAGAAGCACCACAAAAUUACCGAGGAAUACUUGUUGUAUGCUCGGAAACGCCUGGCCGCCGAGCCGAGUCUAGGAAAGCUAUACAAUCAAAACCAUGGUAUAAUUGCCUUGCGAGACGAUUUCCUCAAAUUCAAAAACAUCAAUGGACAUGACGCAGCCUUCUUGGACGAUUCAGAGCCCAUUGUUAUGGCGGAGGUAACGAGCGAUGUCAUCUUAUGCCCAAUCGCCACCAUAGGUUGCGGGAAGACCACAAUAGCCGUUGCUAUGUCGCAUCUUUUCGGAUGGGGCCAUAUACAGAAUGAUAAUAUAUCCGGCAAAGGCCGGCCACCUCGAUUCACCAAGGCCGUCUUGGAUCAAUUAGAGAAUCACCCUGUUGUUUUCGCGGACCGCAAUAAUGCGACAAAGAAUGAAAGGAGGCAGCUGAUAUCUGAUGUGAAACUACAGAAUCCAGGUGCCAAACUUGUGUGCCUCAACUUUCGUCAUGACGAAGAGUCAGUAGAAAGCAUUCGGAGGGUCACACAGGCACGCGUCCUAGCGCGCGGCGAUAACCACCAAACAAUACAUGCAGCGAGCGACAAAGGAAAGUUUAUGGGAGUAAUGGAGGGCUUCAUCAAAAGAUUCGAACCAUGCAAACCAUAUACCCAUCCAGAUGACGGAUUUGAUGCCAUUAUUGAUCUCGACCCUGUGGUGGGCAGCCGGCAAAAUCUUGAGACCGCUAUAAGCCGUCUAAGACAACAUUUUCCCAACCUUCUUAUAAAUGUCCCGUCUGCAGAGGACUAUGAUGCCGCGAUCGAAACGGCACUUGACUACCGACCAGAUAACCACAGCAUGGCAACGACAGUCGCGGAUAGUAAGCCUUUCAAAAAGAGAAAGUUGGAAUAUAUGUCUGUGGAUGUAGCUACCGACAAAAUCAACGCCGUUUUGCAGAAAGCUUUCAAUGGCGCCCCCCGAGAAGCCUCCCGAUUUUAUAUGCAAUUGAAACAAACCAGGAGAAUCCAGAGCAAAUUUCACGUCACAUUAAUGCACCGUGCAAGCAUGAAUGAGUAUCCGGAUCUCUGGAGACGGUAUAUUCAGGCAUGGGAGGCAGCAGGUAGCUCAGACUCGCAGCUUGGAGAAUGUGAUCUCUUACUUGAAAGGAUUGUGUUCGAUGAUCGCAUAAUGGCCAUCGUGGUGCGCCUCUCAGAUGACACGGGCAAUUGGCAGUGCGUGAAUCGGGUUGCUCACAUCACAGUCGGAACCCGUGACAAUGCAGUCAAGCCAAAAGAGAGCAAUGAUUUGCUGAAUAGAUGGAUCGAGUCGGGAGCUAAUGGUGAGCUUAUUUCAGACGUUAUUCUAGACGAAAAGCCUCUGUUGAAAGGCAUUAUAAGAGGAGUCCUGUCUAGAUAA